GUGUGAUCCGUGAACGUGGAUGCUUUGUUGCUCAGCGCCUCAGUAUCGAUACGAUAGGUGGAUACUGAUUACAAUACACACAAGGCCCGAAGUUUUGUCUGGUUAGAUUUUGAAUUUCCUAGUCACUGAAAAAAAUGGCAAACUUUCUGCAUGUCGCACUGUUUUUGGUACUUUGGAUUUUUGGAUUAUACACAACAAGUGGACAAGCCGAAGACGAGGCCGCAGAAGAUAGGAACCAAAGAUUGAUGGAGCUCACACCCGACUGUCGCGCGUGCGUCAGAAAUUCCGUCUGUGUUAACGGAGAAUGCAGGUGCAAGGCCAGCCAUAUCGGUAACCCUUACUUCAUCUGUUACCGGCCACGUCAGGGUUACUGCAGCCUUGUAAACGAUCCUGGCCUGCACACGCUGUCCAAAGAGUGGACACGGGUCCAUAUAGUAGGGUCAGCCAAGUUGACCGAUGUCGUGGUCAGGCGGAGGUCUGGCCCCAGUCAGCUGACCGUAUGGGUAAUCUCGCAGAGGUGGAGGGGCAAGAAUUUCGUCAGCGCCGUGCAGUUUCAGGUCAUUCGGACCAUUGACUCCAAAACGUUUGUGAGACAAGGGCGUAUGGUGGGAUAUUACGAUACUCUUUACCAGACCUACAGAUGGGACAUUUAUCAGUCGAGCGAGGAAGAUGACGGGAAGUUUGUGUACGUUCAUUCACUGAGGAGCAGUAGUAAUAUCCGGUCCCGCUACCUGGCAUUGUUCUGGCCGCGGUGUGGCGCCUACUUCAAGGUCAUCAACGCUGGUUUCCUGAGGCUCGAGCUGGACUGUGCUGCAGGUGUUCAGGUCGGCUUCCGACCUUUGAACCCGCUGGAUAAUUCCAGCAUCCCGGGCGUCUGGAUAGUGCUGUACAAGAAAAUGGAGACGGAUUUCGUCAACAGCACCCAGGACGAGCAGUCCCUUUGUCUAGACUUCCAGCAAACUCUCUCCGCUUUGGUCUUCAACACUGGCAUCGUCAACACAGAAGACGCCGCCACCUUCCAAGGACUGACCAACGGAGACCUACUCGACUUCCCCGACGCCCCGGGAAACCUCGGACACCUGCGGGAUGUUCUAAGGGGGUGCUCGACCUUCAGACGCAACGCUUUGUUCGCGUAUGCCGGGUUUAUGCUGAAGGCUGCGCGGUUUGUGAAUUGUAUCUCCGAGUCUCCGCAUCAGGAUAGCGUGGUCAAUCUCUUCCUGGACGCUGCGAAGUUCUUCUGUGAGGGGGACCAACAGGCGUGCAACAACACGCUUGAUGCCAUCACAAGCAGGUGCCUGCAUUUGGUUGAGGAGAUCCCACCUUUAGGGUACUACAUCAACUUUGGUUGCAAUUUUUAAGAAUAGCAAACACCUGAAAAAUAGGAACAUUAAAACAGUAGGCCUACAUAUUAAACAAUCAUAUAAAACAAAACAAAAAUAAGGAACACCCAAAUAACACAUUUAAAACAAAUGCAUUCAAACUUCGACUGAAAAAAAAAUUUAAAUAAAAAAACAACAACACCGGAAAUUAAGAAAGAUCAAAACAACACAUGUUAAACAAUCAUACGUAGUCAUAUUUUGGCCGGAAAAACAAUACAAAACAAAAUAAACAGCAAAUAAACAUAGGAACAUCCAAAUAACACAUUUGAAACAAUCAAAUACUCUCAAACUUCGGCUGAAAAAAAAGUAAAUGAAAACAUCAAAACAGCACAAAUAAAACAAUCAUACGUAGUCAUAUUUCGGCCGGAAAAAAACAAAACAAAAACAACUACAACAAAUAAACAUAGGAACAUCCGAACAUCAAAACAACAUAUUUUAAACAAUCAAACGUAUUCGUAUUUCGGAUGAAAAAAUAAAAACAUAAACGUAUUAAAAUUUAAAUAUCACAUAUAAAAAUUGAAUUAUAAAUCAUAUUUUUGUCGAAAAAAACAAACAAACAAAUACAACAAAAAAAAAAACAAAAAAAAAACGCAACAACAACUUAGUAACAACUAAACACCACAUUUGAAACAAUGGAAGGUUGUCAUAGUUCGGCACUAAAAAACAAAUACAACAAAAAUAAAAAAAAAAACAAAUAUAGGAACAGCCGAACACCACAUUAAAAAAUAUUCAUACAUACACCUUGUUUGACUGCUACUUUUUCCUUAAUUGUUUGAGACAUAGAUUAGAAAUUUCCAGUGUCUCGCAUUUUUAAACUUUCAUUUAAAUUUAACCAUUCUUUAAACAACAGUGUUUUGCACGCAAUGAAAUUGAAAUAAUACAUUUUAAACGAAAACGUAUUCAAAAUUACAAAUUGCUUUAACAGUUCAACGCUUAAAUAUGCAAUCGUGAAACAAGUAUACUAUGAAUAAACCCAAAAUUUCCCAUUUCAAACAUACAAGUACGUAUACAACAUAAAAUCUAGGCCAAUGAAUUUGCAAUGUUUUACAGUAUUAUAUUAUUAUGUUGAUAUCGCGAACAAAGAAAAAAAAACGAGAAAUGUAAAUUAACUGUAAAUUAAUAUUUAAUAAACAUGUCAAUGUAAUUAGAGUUCAAACAAGGUUUGCGUUAUGUAAACAAUUCUUUUGUUUAUAUUCGAGUUUAACUAUUUAAAAAAUAAAUCAAAUUCUUUUUCGAAUAACUCAUGCAUUUCAAUAAAAAAAGAGUUGCAUUUUAUUUUA